CCUUCUAGUUCUAGUACUUGUUUGCCACUUACAGCAGUUUAACGAGUAUCGGAAUUUACGAGGAGUUUGAGGCACGGCUGAAAGCUAAUUCCUGUAUAGUUCUGAUUCUUUUUACUUUCGUGCAGGUAUGUCGACUAUAAGUGUUCCUUCAGGCUGUUUUCUCAAAGUUGCACCAUCAAUUAGAUCCUCUGCCUUUACCAAGUCGCAAUGCUCUUUGGGUUCCGUAAAGAGUAUUUCUAAAGCAUUUGGAUUGAAGUCAUCGUCCUCCUUCAAAGUCUCUGCAAUGGCAGCGUACAAGGUUAAACUGGUUGGGCCCGAUGGUAACGAGACUGAAAUUGAGGUUUCCGAUGAUCAAUACAUCCUCGAUGCAGCAGAGGAGGCUGGAGUUGAGCUGCCUUAUUCAUGCAGGGCUGGAUCUUGCUGUACAUGUGCAGGCAAGUUGGUUUCUGGAACAGUCGACCAAUCCGAAGGUGCAUUUCUUGACGAUGAUCAAAUGGAGAAGGGUUAUUUGCUGACGUGUAUUUCAUACCCCAGAUCUGACUGUGUUAUUCAUACGCACAAGGAAGAAGAGCUUGUUUGAAAAUGUUACGAGUUCAUUCCGCUUCGAGGGGACCUUGAAAAUUUAGAGGGGUACGAAUCUUGUGUCGUAGACGCGGAAAAGAAACAAAUAGAAAUAAAUGAUGAAAUUGGUAUGCUGUCUCCCAGAUAGUGAUAUUGUGUCUGGUUUAUGGCAUAACUGAUGUUGCAAUUUGUUAUUUGGCAAACAUCAUAUUGCUUUCUAAACUAAAUAUCCAUUUGAUCGCUGUUGAAUUGGGAUUAUUGAAUAUGUGUGAUGCUUUAUCAGAGCCUGGUGUUUGUUCCAUUUGGGUGGAUCUUUUCUGUAUGUAGGGCUGAUAAAUAUUCAGAAUUGGUGAGUGUAACAAGCUUAUGUUUAGGAUACCAUAUUUGAUGGUCA